ACGAGCUCACUAAGUUUCCCAAACACAAAAGUCACCUCAGAGACACAAGAUUGUGCAAGCGCCUUUUUGAAAUCCUGCAACGUCAGCAGAAAACAAAAAAAUGGGCGCACUGGGAUAAGUGAUCUGGAACUACUGGCUGCAAUCAUGAGAACUAAGACUGCAGAGCAGGUUGAACAGUUUCUUUCAGAGGCCAGAAUCAAGUUUAGACUGGAUGAUUUGUUGGAUAAGGAAAAAUUGGAAAGAUAUGCAUCUGGCCUGUCAUGCGCAAGUUUUAUCUCGAGUGUAGGAAACAGCAAUGUACAAUUAAUUGAUUCAAAUCUUGCUAACAAUGCAACCGCAGAUCCUUCAGGUAUCAAUCAGCAACCAUCAAGUGUAGCCAGGCAAAACUCACCCCCACCACCUUACGACUUCAGCGUCCGAAAUGGAAGCAGCUUAACCGUGAAUGGAUACCACACGAGUGGACACAACUGGACUGAAGUUGCAGAAACAGAUUAUCUGACACAUGCUGAGGAUUAUUCGGGCGAAACUGGGAGUGGAAUCAGUUCAUAUGCGCCGUCAAACAACGAAGAAGAAAACGAAAGCAAAAUCAACUACUGGCUUUUGGUUGCUUGCUGCAUUGGAGUCACUCUCAGUGUAGUAGUCAUCCUUCUCCUCGUCGAGAGAAAAAUCAAAGCGUCUAGAUCGAAAGCUUCUUCGGGAGAGACUCUUCCUGGACUCCAUGUCUACUGCUCCGGAGCAAGCAAAUCGGUUGAUAUUGCAGAUGAAAACAAACUGAACAGCGCCAACUUCAAUGCAACUACACUCCCCCCUGACGAGUACCACUCCGGGCCAAUCACUGAUGACCGGGAGGAUUUGAUUCCAGAAGAUGGGCAAAUCAAUUGAGGGCCCAUGUGAACAAUUUCCCCCAACCCCGGCCCCAUCAUUGUCCAAGUGAACUAUCCCCCACCCCUCAUCGACCAAGUGAACUAUCCCCCACCUCUAAUCGGUCAAGUUAACUAUCCCCCACCCCUCAUCGAUCAAGUGAACUGUUCCCCACCCCUCAUCGAUCAAGUGAUCUAUUCCCCACCCCUCAUCGAUCAAGUGAACUGUUCCCCACCCCUCAUCGAUCAAGUGAACUAUUCCCCACCCCUCAUCGAUCAAGUGAACUAUUCCCCACCCCUCGUCGAUCAAGUGAACUAUCCCCCACCUCUAAUCGACCAAGUGAACUAUCCCCCACCUCUAAUCGGUCAAGUUAACUAUCCCCCACCCCUCAUCGAUCAAGUGAACUGUUCCCCACCCCUCAUCGAUCAAGUGAACUAUUCCCCACCCCUCGUCGAUCAAGUGAACUAUCCCCCACCCCUCAUCGACCAAGUGAACUAUCCCCCACCUCUAAUCGGUCAAGUUAACUAUCCCCCACCCCUCAUCGAUCAAGUGAACUGUUCCCCACCCCUCAUCGAUCAAGUGAUCUAUUCCCCACCCCUCAUCGAUCAAGUGAACUGUUCCCCACCCCUCAUCGAUCAAGUGAACUAUUCCCCACCCCUCAUCGAUCAAGUGAACUA